AUGGAGAAUCAUCAAGACCUAGAAGAUAGUGGAGAAGAAGAAAGCACAAAUCCACUCCUUCCAUCAUCAGAACUUGACCCGGUAUCAAAAAGUGACACGUCUCAAGGGCAAUCAACUCUGAAAUCAUGUUUAGCCUCAGAGUUCCGUUUUCCUAAAAACAAACGAAAACGAGGGCACCGCAGAGCUGGUUCGGGUGGUUGGAGCCGACAAUGCCCAGGUUAUUGUGUGGUUCCCCUGGUUCUUCAGCCCAUUGCUGUGCUUACAUGGAUUAGGCAAAUAAUAGAGGCAGAGCUGUUUGAUCACUCUAGUAUUGUUGCUGAUAACGAGGGGACAUUUUUUUAUCCCAUGUUAAUAGACAUUGAUGACUGGAUAUCUGCUACGGUGUCCAGCUUGUUGGGAAGAGGCUUCUCUGUUGGCCUUAUUGUCCAAGUUAUUCUG